GUGAAGAACUUGGACAACCUCAGCCAGGCCAUGUCUGAGCUUAGCAACCUGCAUGCCUACAACCUGCGUGUUGACCCUGUCAACUUCAAGUUGUUGUCGCAGUGCAUCCAGGUGGUGCUGGCUGCACACUUGGGCAAAGACUACACCCCCGAGGUGCAUGCUGCCUUCGACAAGUUCCUGUCUGCCGUGUCUGCUGUGCUGUCUGAGAAGUACAGAUGAGCCACCGUCUACAACUUUAAGUCUUCAAUAAAGACACCAUUGCUGCA